CAGUGAAGACAUCGGCGCGGGCGACGAUUUCCUACGUCGCAUUGCUCAUUUUCAUAUCGAUAUGUUUAAUGAGAUACAGUUUAUUCACCUCAGCAGCAAGCGCUCACGAGCCACUACUCGCAUAGACGCGGCUUAUUUCUUUAAAAAAUGUCGUCAAACGCUGUAUUACACUGUGUCCGUUCUGAACCUAUAUCUAUUUUGUUUAACUAUAAAAUAUUGACGUGUGUCGCGUGGCCGUGGACACGGAUUAUUCGGAAAUAACGGAAGAAAAUAUUUUUGUUGCGGUAAUCCCUAUUUUACAGGUGUAGCUUUCGGCACAGUUUGUCCGGCGCGGUCGGGAUCAACAGACAGGGUACUACGGCGUUAGUUUAGCGACAUGUUGGGUGGAGUGUGCGGCGCGGGGGCCGCGGGGGGUGCGGGAGGUGUGUCGGGUGCGGCGUUCUCUACCGCGCUGCAUUUCUUUACGGCCGCACAGUGCUUGCUCUGCGAGUCUUGGCCGCCACACUCUAAUAUACCAAAUGGGUCUAGUUACGACAUGGUCGUGGUGGGCGGCGGCAGCGCGGGCGCGGCGCUGGCGGCGCGGCUCAGCGAGCUCGGCGCCCUCAGUGUGUUACUGAUAGAGGCGGGGGGCGACCCGCCACAGGACUCUGUUGUGCCCGGUUUCAAAGAUGUGUUGAAAUCAAGCCCAUACGAUUGGAACUUUACGACGGUGAACAAUGAAUUCUCGAGCCAGGCGCUGCAGGGCGGCAGCCAGGGUCAGCCGCGAGGGAAAAUGUUGGGCGGCAGCGGUUCCUUGAACGACAUGGUGUACGCUAGGGGCUUCCCUGCGGAUUACGAUGAGUGGGCCGAUCUUAUAAGUGAGGAGUGGACGUGGGACAAAGUACUACCAUACUUUAAGAAGACGGAACAUCUAACGGAUGAAAGGAUAGUAGAAGAGCCCGAGUUGGCCGAGUACCACGGCUUCGGCGGAGAGAUGGAGGUCUCAGGGAAAAACGAAUCCACUUACACCACCGACAGGUUUAUUGAGGCGUUUCAAGAAUUAGGAUUUAGACUUGUUAAAGAUAUGACGAAUCCCCAAAAUAUUGGCGUGGGUCGAUUCUCCCACAAUAUCAAGGAUGGCCAGAGACAGAGUUCGCUCACAGGUUUGCUCAAUAAUGCAGCGAAAAGGAAUAAUCUAUUCGUUUUAAAAGAAUCGCAGGUUGUCAAAGUUCUAACAGAAAAUAGUACAGCAAUCGGUGUGAAAGUAAUGAUCGAAGAAGAAGAGUACCAUUAUUAUGCGAACAAGGAAGUAAUUUUAUCUUCGGGUGCAUUUAAUUCGCCAAAACUGAUGAUGCUCUCUGGGAUCGGGCCAAAAAAGCAUUUAGAGGAGUUAGGAAUAGAGCUAAUCAAGGACCUGGCAGUCGGGGAAAAUCUCCACGACCACGUGAUGGUGCUAACUUAUUUGGCUGCAGAUAAUGGAACCUGUUUUUCCGACGAACGAAGUAAGUACUUAGAUGCUAUAAAAUACUUAUACGAUCGCAGCGGGUCGUUCGCUAAGACGACGGAUAUCGGAGUUUACAUAUCGCUAUCAGGCUCGGCUAGAGCCAACGUGCCCGACUUCGCCAUUUACCCGACCUGUUCCCCGGUCGGCAGCAAUUUUUAUCAAGGCUGCCUCAAUGUUUUGAGAUUCAAGAAAGAGAUAUGCGAACAACUGGACGCUGAAAACAGGGAUAGAGAGUUAAUAUCUUUAGCUGUCGUAAAUCUAAAACCGAAAUCAAGGGGAAGAGUACGUUUGAAGUCUACGGAUUAUUUGGACCCACCCUUGAUAUACACGGGCACGUUUAGUGAUCCGAGGGACUUGGAAGGGUACCCUGAAGCGAUGGAUCUUGCAUGGGCUCUGGUAAACACCUCCUACUUCCAGAGUAAAAAUGCUCGUGUUAUCGAUCUAGAUAUUGAAGAAUGUAGAGCAUUGGAAGGCGACAGCAAAGUGAAAUGCAUAGCGCGGUGUUCGGCAAUGUCAGCGUGGCACUCUGUGGGCACUGCGGCAAUGGGCGCGGUGGUAGACGCUGAGAUGCGCGUGCGCGGCGUGCAGGGGCUGCGUGUCGCCGACGCCAGCGUUAUGCCCACAAUCAUCCGCGGCAACUCCAAUGCGCCCGUCGUCAUGAUCGCAGAAAGAGCUGCCGAUUUCAUCAAACAGGGUUUAAAAGCAAUUUAACACUAAACAUUUAUUUAUAUUACGUAUUAGGUUUACACAGUAUUAUAGUUUCAUGAUGUUCUUCGUAAUAUGUCCAUGUCAAGUUCGAAGCAGAAAUAAAAUACAUAUAAAACUACAUGAGGUGUCUUUUCGUCCACUAUCCGUGGGAGAACCUAUCAUUUCCUAUUUCUGUUUCACAUGCUUUUAUAUUUAAACAUUUGUAAAUAAUUCAUUAACAGUCUGUAUUAUAAUAUUCAUAACAUUAAAUAAGUUACUUUCUCUAUUUAACAAUCAAUUAUAGCUUGUUAUGAUUUAAUAUUCAAUC